CCGCCUCGUAGAGUCGGCAAGACGGGGAAUUGGAGCGGCGUUUUAUAAGGCGCUUCGGCCUAACGAAAAAGAAAAAAAAAAACCAAAAAACAAAAGCCAAAUCAAAACAAACACACGGCCGACCUGGCCGGGACGGGACGGGACGCCGCUUCUAACGGACCUCCGUGAUUAGCUUGUUAAGCCGAUCGCGCGCGCACACCCGCCAGCACGCUGGGGCCGCCCUAAACUCGUCUGGCGACCCGCUCGGCGGGCGGAUGAUGGACACUGCCUUCUACCACGACGACGACCACGAAGAUGUGCUGAUCGGCUCUCCUGCCCAGCGCGCCCCCUCGUACCACCACCACUACCACCACCACCACAGCAGCAGCAGCAUGAUGAAGAAGGAGCUGAGCCUGAACCUGAACGAGCCCACCUCCGCCACCAUGAAGCCGCCGCCACACCUCCGCGGCGACGCCGAUGGCAUUCUCCACUCGCCCGACCUCGGCCUCUUCAAGCUGGCCUCCCCCGAGCUCGAGCGCCUCAUCAUCCAGUCCAACGGCAUGGUGACCACCACCCCCAGCGCGCAGUUCCUCUUUCCCAAGUCCGGCAGUGACGAGCAGGACUUCGCCGAGGGCUUCGUCAAGGCGCUGGAGGACCUGCACAAGCAGAACCAACUGGGCACGCAGAGUGGCGGCGGCGGCGGAGGAGGAGGAGUAGCUGCGGGAGGAGGAGCAGCAGGACUGGAACUGAACGGCAACCCGCCGGCCCCGGUCAGCCUGCACUCCGGCGAGCUGCCGCCCGUCUACACCAACCUGAGCAGCUUCGGCGCCGCCGCCGUCACCACCACCACGGUCAACUACUCGACGGACACGGUGCCCUUCCCGCCGCCACCCCCUGGCCACCUGCGCCUGCAGGCGCUCAAGGACGAGCCGCAGACGGUGCCCGACGUGCAGAGCUUCGGCGAGAGCCCGCCGCUGUCGCCCAUCGACAUGGACACGCAGGAGCGCAUCAAGGCCGAGCGGAAGAAGCUGCGGAACCGCAUCGCCGCCUCCAAGUGCCGCAAGAGGAAGCUGGAGCGCAUCUCCCGGCUGGAGGACAAGGUGAAGUCCCUCAAGAACCAGAACACGGAGCUGGCGUCCACGGCGAGCCUGCUGCGGGAGCAGGUGGCGCAGCUCAAGCAGAAGGUCCUCAACCACGUGAACAGCGGCUGCCAGCUCCUGCCACAGCAGGUCCAGGCGUACUGAGGACCCCCGACUUACGGGGGUUGUGGGGAGAGGACGAUCGCGACAAGCUCGAUGGCCCGGGGAAUGGUUGUGUGUGUGGGGGUCUCCGGGCCGGCCGGGCGCAUGCCCCUUGGACUCGAUCCUGCCUUAACUGUUUACACGCACUCGGGAGGUGACCCGAGAGGUGACACGAGGCGACGAGAGACGGCCGUCUGUUUUCUAGAAGGCGACCACCUUUGUACAGGACAAUGUUGAUGUUUCGUGUCGUUCCCCUUCGCUGCUCCACGGUCUGUCUGUCUGUUUGUCUGUCUGUCAGUUUUUAAUGUUGCACUGAACCUUUUUGUCGGUUUCACAUUCCAGCUUUAUAUUUUUUAUCUUAAACGAUGCCAUGCAAUGUUCAAUAAAUGCCUUGUUUUAAAUA